CUGGGUAAAAGAAGGUUAGAAAAUUGUUUACGUUUGUAGUUGACAAUUACUUGGUUGAUUAUUAAAAAAAUCAAUUGAUUUUUUGAUAGUUAUAAUGAAAUUGGAUAAAAUUUGUCGUACAUGUCUAUUGGAAAAGGCUAAUUUGAGACCAUUGUUCGAAGAUUGUAUAGCAAACAUGUUAAUGACCUGUGCCUCAGUGCAGGUAAUACAAGGUGAUGGUCUACCACAUCAAGUAUGUACCCAAUGCCUCCAAAGUAUUAAUAAAGCAUACACAUUCAAACAACUAUGUGAAAAGUCUGAUAUGACCAUAAGAAACUAUUUGAGUAUCAACUUGCAGCCUAUUUCCCUACCAGCAGAUAACAUAAUAAAUGAAGUGAAAUCUGAUUUAUUUAGCACCAGCGAAGUACUUCAGCAAAGUUCCCUAUUUCAAGAUAUUUUUAACGAUGCUACAACUCAUUCUUUAGUUGAAACUUUCACCAAUCAAAAUGCUAGCACAGUUGUUUCAGAUUUGGCAGAAACGAUGCAAAGUUUGCAAACAAUAGCCGAACAGUGUUUACCUGAAUCAUGGGAAAGUGAUGGUAACAUUGUUCCUUGUAACUCAGAUGAAACUAGUGAUAAUUUCUUAGGCCCUAUAUAUAAAUGUGAAUUCUGUGAAAAUAUUUUUAAAGAUGAGUGGUCUUUAGGAGAACAUAUGAAAAACCACAGUGGACAACCCAAAUAUUUUUGCAACAUAUGCAGGAAGAUUUGUGAUACUUCUAAUGAAUUGGACAAGCAUCUCAUUGACCACACAUUUGUGAAUAACAAAAAUGAGUUGGCUGUCGAACGCAAACAGGACUUUACAUGUGAUUUGUGUGAUGGAAAUUUCAGUAACUCUAAAUAUUUGAAGAGGCACCUUAAGGAACUUCAUUUUCUUGAUACAGGUUCAAUUUUAGACUCUGACAAAAAGUUUGGCUGUAAUCUGUGUGGGAAAAGGUAUAGACAGAAUAAACUUCUUGUAAUGCAUAUGAGAAGCCAUACUGGAGAGAGACCCCUGAAUUGUGAAAUUUGUGGGAGAAAUUUUGCUUUGCCAUCUUCUCUCCAUAAACAUAGAAAUAUCCAUAUUGCAGAAAAAAAGUAUGAGUGCAAUAUUUGCAAUAGAAAAUUUAACCAGUCUUCCAAUUUGAACGAACAUCUUAGAACCCAUACAGGGUGGGUCGAAACAAUUUGGAUCUGGUUUCAACUUUAUGAUCAGUAUGAGUUUAUAUUCAUGACCCAUCUUUUAGCAAGUACGCAGAUGAAAAAACAUCAGUUAAUUCAUACCGGUGAAAAACCUUAUCCCUGCUGGCAGUGUGGAAGGUCUUUUCGUAGAAAGGAAACUAGGGAUACCCACGUAAGAUACCAUACUGGAGAAAGACCUUACUCUUGUGAUAUAUGCUCCAAGAAAUAUGUGGCUGCCAGCCAUUUGAGAGAUCACAUGAAAUCUCACAACAAUAAUAGAAAAUUCGAAUGUAUGAUAUGUCCAAAGAAAUUUCUCGACUCUAAAACACUGAAAAGUCAUAUGUUGACCCAUACAGGACAAAAACCCUAUUCAUGUCAGUUUUGCGGAAAGUAUUUUUCUCAGAAUGGUGGUCUUGUAACCCAUAUUAAGAACUGUCAUAAUAACCAAUAAAGUAUUAAAGUAA